AUGAAAUCAACGUACCCCUUAACGAUCUUUCUUCGCUAUCCUUCAGCCUACUUCCAUCAGAUGUUUCCCCACAUCCUUACCAGAUCCGAUUACCUCAAGAAACAUGCAGUGGCUCCGUGCUGGAAUCCUCCUUCUCUCAUUUUUGUCGAGUGCACAGGCUCAGGAUCUCUUCACUUCUCUUCGCUACAACAACGCCGGCCAACUCGGUUCGUGCCGGCCGACAAUGCGCUUCGUGGCCAGUCCAAUCUAUUUGUGCGGGAUCUUGUGGCGCGCCGCCUCGAGGGUACAACGAUUUCCGAUGGUGCAAUGAAGACCGGAGACAUCACCGCUGCCAAUCGAACCACUUUGCAGAAGCGUGGAGCCCCUGCAUUCCCAUUCACCUAUAUCAUCACCGCCAUAGAGCCGUUGCUGCGAACCUGGACAGGCGAAAUCAGGUCGUCUUUAUCCCGUAUAGUGGCGGGUGUAUCCAUACCAUUGAUGGGUAGGUCUUCACCCUUUGUUGAGAAUAAGAAUCGAUAUCUCAUCGGGGAGCAGGGUUCUCACCUUCCGAUCAAGCUGUCCAGCGCGGCCUCCCAGACGGUCAACACAACCACUUUCGCCCGGCUCCUCAAUAGCACCAAUCUCACCUCCACGUUCGACAAUGCUCCAUCCACCACAUCCUUUCUACCAAAUAACGCUACAUAG